AGGUGGUCAAUGGGUUACUGCGUUCGGAGUUAUGUACUAAAUUAAUUAAAAACGUAAUGAUUAGUAUCAUUAGUAAGAAUUCAUUUGAAUUAUUUACAUCACCACACAAAGGUUGGAAUUAACUAUUGUAUUUGUACUUUUUAAUGUGAAAUAAAGUCUAUAUUUAUAUGUGUAAUGUAGAGCAAUUAAAUCUGUUAUAUCAUAAUUAACUGCAUUCUUUCCAAUUAGUAUGAAUGAAAAUACAGGUCUUGUUAUGACACAAUUCAGUAUGGGAGUUAAAAUGUUAUGCUGGAGCCUAUCCCAGCUGUCUUUGGGCAACAGGCUGGGUACAUCUUGGACUGGUCACAUUAAAAUACAUAUAAAUUUAUAUUACAGUAAAUCUUAUUUUAUUACAAUACUGUAACUAUUAAUUAGAAAUCACACAUUUUGAAAUAUUUAAUUCGAGUUGUGAUUUGUCCUACUUUAUUUGACGGUCAUUGAACGCACCAUCAACAGUUCUCCAUACACAGGGAUGUAUGGGUGUAUUUGGAUGUAUUUCCCCUCUUUUUUUUUUUUUUCUUUCACCUCAUAUUUAAUUCGAACUGUGAUUUGUCCUACAUUUUUUGAUGGUCAUUUAACGCACCAUCAACAGUUCUCCAUACACAGAGGGAUGUAUGGUUGUAUUUCCCCUCUUUUUCUUUCCCCUCAUAUUUGCUCCCAAAUGCUGAUACUAUGAAGAAGGAAUGCAUAAAGGACCUUUUUGGAAGAGAACCAGGACCACAGCAUCACCGAUCCUCCGUCACGCUUCCCUACGGAUAUGAGGUGUGUCAAAACCAAAAAAUGCAUCCCUGUUGUCCCCUGCUGCUGUUACUAUGCGUGGUCCAGCUGCUCUCUCCCUCCACUGCCCUGCCCUUUGAGCAGAAAGGCUUCUGGGAUUUCGCCCUGGACAGUCUGGACAGUAUUGACAUGAUGGCCAUGAUGAAGGAUGAGGAAGAAGGCUCGGCCGUCGAAGAGGUGCCCCCGCCUGAUAUGCCCGUGUGCCCCUUCGGCUGCCACUGUCGACUCAGAGUGGUCCAGUGUUCUGACCUCGGUCUGUCUGAAGUGCCGAGUAAAAUUCCUCCUGACACCAGGUUCCUGGACCUUCAGAAUAAUCACAUCACCGAGCUUCGAGAGGAUGACUUCAAGGGUCUUACCAAUUUAUAUGGAUUAUCUUUGAGGAAUAACUACAUCUCCAGAGUCCACCCCAAGGCAUUUGCCCCUCUUAAAAGCAUGCAGAAGCUCUACUUCUCCAAGAAUCUUUUGACCACUAUCCCCAAGAACCUGCCUGCCUCCUUGGUGGAGAUGAGAAUCCAUGAGAACCUCAUCAGGAAGGUGCCAGCUGGUGCCUUCUCAGGACUGGUCAACAUGAACUGCAUAGAAAUGGGAGCAAACCCCAUCCAGAACAGUGGAUUCGAACCUGGUGCCUUCAAAGGACUCAAACUGAACUAUUUGCGUAUAUCAGACAGCAGACUGACUGGAGUACCCAAAGAUCUCCCUGAGAGCCUCCACGAGCUUCACCUUGACCACAAUGAGAUCCAGGCUGUCGAACUCGAGGACUUGAAACGCUAUAAGAACUUAUUCAGGUUGGGUCUCAGUUUUAACCACAUCCGCAACAUUGAGAGCGGAAGUCUUGCCUUUGUGCCACGGCUUAGAGAGCUGCACUUGGACAACAACCUUCUCUCCGGUGUUCCAAAGGGCCUCCCAGAAAUGAAAUACUUACAGGUCGUUUACCUCCAUUCCAACAACAUUGGCAAAGUGAAGAUGGAUGACUUCUGCCCUAAGGGAUUAGGAACAAAGCGGGCUUUCUACAAUGGCAUCAGCCUUUUCGGCAACCCUGUCAACUACUGGGAGGUGCAGCCGGCAACAUUCCGCUGUGCUAGUGACCGGAAUGCUGUCCAGUUUGGAAACUAUAAAAAAUAGAAAAAGGGGAGGGGUAGUUUGCUUGGAGAUGCGGAGCAUUAGAGGCAAAAUUAAUAAACAACUAAAUUCAUUUGAAUAGAAGAAAGGGGAUAUUAGAAUGUGUCAAGGAAAAAGUUCUUCUUUUGGAAGAACGUAUGAUCCCCCCCCCCCCAAAAUGGGUUCCAAAUUCAUCCAAAUUCCAAUUCAUGGUAUAAUAAUUGGACAAUUGUACACACUCCAUUUUGCAACCAAUUCGAUACUACAGUAAACCUCGGAUAUAUCGGAUUCAAUUGUUCCCACUGGUUUUGUCCGAUAUAAGCGAAAUCCGUGAUAUACGUAGACCGGAAAAUGUCCGUUUUACGCAUAUAUCGGAUUCACAUCCGGUAUAUGCGUAAAUGGGAUUUUAUCCGUUAUAAAAAGGCACUUCCUUGACUAUGUUUCCAAUGUACCUGGACACGCAGGCAACGCUGCAAACGCUGCAAAUGACGUCGUAUAGCCGCCUGUCACGAUUCGGCGAAUCGGAGCGCCACGAUGCGGCCCAUCCGAUAUAUGCGAGGGAAAUUUAAUGGAAAUGCAUUGGAACGGGACUGGAGAUUUUGUCCGAAAUAGGCAAAAUCCGUUAUAAAAAAAAAUCCGAUAUAUGCAAUGAAUUUUUAUUGGAAAUGCAUUACAGAAAAAUCGGUUCUUUUUUUAUCUGUCCGUUGUGAGCGAAUUUCCGAUAUAUCCGAGGUUUACUGUAAUUCAAGUUUAGUUUCUUUCUACUUCACAUCACAGAAUAUUUCGCUUGUCUGGAAGUAUAUUCCUUGAAGGGGCACACUACAUUUGCUGAGGUGUGCAAACACACACACACACACACACACACACAUCGGCUUUGCUUCGGUACAUUGAAAGCAUCGUGUACACUUAGUGCUGCAAACGAGAGUGACGUUUAUGCAUUGUUUUGCACAGUUAUUUCUAUUGAGCUCGACCUGCUUGAUAGUGCAAAAGCGCUUUGACCGUAGACAUGUUGCCUUGUCUCCGCUGUGUAAUCUGACAAGUAAUCUGCUGCAUGUGAAUAAAAAAAAAAAAAUUUCUAACCUGCUCAUGAAGCCAGAGAUCAACACCUUGGGUUGAAUGUCAUAUUGAUGAACCGAUAAGGAGGGGAGCAAAGAAAGAAUGAAUCAAACAACAUUUGUAUUAUUAUUAUUAUUAUUAUCAUUGUGAUGAUUUGCAUUUUACAUUUAAAUUUAAAUUCAUAUUUUAUGAUAAAUGGUGCUAUAUGUCAUUUUUUUUUCAGUGUAAACCAUCACAGAAUCCAAGCAAUAUUAUCAACAGAAUGCAAAUAAAUUAUGUCAAAGAUGUCUAU